AUGGUGUCGGACGAGCUGCGGCGCGCACGGGAAGAGAACGAGAAGCUGCGGGCCAAGCUCCGCACGACCAAGGCCAAGCUCAAGCGCAAGAAGGCCGAGGCCAAGCAGCUUCGCCGCGCGCUGGCCCAGGAAAUCGACGACAAGGCGGCGCGCCGUAGGCAGGAGCUGGCCGUCGUCGCCGCGGCCACCAUGCAGCAGCCGCCGCGAAUCAUGGCCACGCCGGCCAGCAUGCACGCCAGCUGGUCAACUUCAUCGUCAGACGCGUCGACAGUGUCGCCGCAUUCGUCGCAUUCGUCGCCAUCUUCGGCGUCGAGGUCGGGGUCGGGGUCGGGGUCGGGUUCGUUUGUGUCGUCGCCGCUGCCGGUGUCGAGCUUUUCGACGCCGCACGCGUUCCCCAUCGCGGUCAUGGAGCACGUCCACCAGUGCCUGCCCUUCCUCUCGGCCUACCUCUUCUCCCCGCGCGACUUUGUCGUACAGGACCUUCGACAACCGAUGCUCGCGUUCGACAUGGGAAAUGUGAUGGACCCCACCAUCAUCUACGCCAACCCGGUCCUCUGUCAGCUGCUCGGAUUUUCGCCGAGGCCCGGCUAUCCGCUCAUGAAACUGUGGGCCGACAGUAAGAACUGUGAGAAACAGAUGCCCCUGCUCAUGGAAACCCAACCUUCGAUGUACAUCAGCGAGUUCAUCUUCGCGGAUCCCCUGCUGCGCUGCGUGAAUGGAUUCCACGUGCGGGCCUCGUUCCUCAUGCAGUUCUUCUUCGACCGCCGCGGCCGCAUCAAAUAUGGGGUGGCAUGCGCGGAGAGCUGGCGCCCGGAUGUGCCGCGUGACGGCGAAUCGCUACGGGAAUGGCACGACGACCUCCAUGACGACCUCUUGGGCGCCCUGGACCACCUCGUGGCCGACGACGAUCCGCCCUUCCAGGGCAGCGGCGACGAUACGCCCUUCCAGGGCAGCUUCCCAUACGCCGCGGACCACGUCAACAGCAACGGCGGCUGGCAGGCCCAGCAAGACUACGACUUUGGCGGCAUUGGCGGCGACCACCUGCCCAGCACGUUCAUGGAGGAGGUCACCUACGCCAUGCGUUCAUAG